UGUGUUGCUAAGGCUGAUUUAAUUCCUACUACCAGUCCUAUUCCCAGAGGCAGCUUUUCCAAGGUGAUUCCUGACACAGGAGAUGGUAACUGCUACGGGUAAAGAUCGUCUUUAAAAGGGAACAUGGAUUUAAUAAACUCAACUGAGCAAAACAGUACAGCAGAAGAACCUUUCAAAUGGGCGACAUCCAAGAUUCUUAUUUCCAUUACCCUGUCUGUGCUUGCUCUAAUGACAACGGCCAUCAAUUCUCUCGUGAUGACUGCCAUAAUUGUGACAAGAAAGCUCCACCACCCCGCCAACUAUCUCAUCUGCUCUCUUGCAGUGACUGACUUCCUUGUGGCAGUCCUGGUGAUGCCCUUCAGCAUUGUCUACAUUGUCAAGGAGACCUGGAUCAUGGGGCAGGUGGUGUGUGACAUUUGGCUGAGCGUGGACAUCACAUGCUGCACUUGUUCCAUCUUGCACCUCUCCGCCAUCGCUUUGGACCGGUACAGGGCAAUCACGGAUGCCGUGGAAUAUGCCCGGAAAAGGACACCUAAGCAUGCUGGCAUCAUGAUAGCAGUUGUAUGGAUCAUAUCCAUUUUUAUCUCCAUGCCCCCUUUGUUUUGGAGGCACCAGACAACCAGCAGGGAGGACGAAUGCAUCAUCAAACACGACCACAUCGUCUCCACCAUUUACUCCACGUUUGGCGCCUUCUACAUCCCGCUGGCCUUGAUCCUGAUCCUGUACUACAAGAUCUACAAAGCAGCAAAGACAUUUCACAGGAGAAGCGUCAGCCGGAUCGUGAGGGAGGAGGGAGUGAAUGGACAGGUCCUUUUGGACACAGGUGAAAGAAGCACCAAAUCAGCUUCAAUGCCCAGCACAACAGAGAAAACCUCAGAUGCCCUGGUGAGCUCCGAUAAAAUCAACAUCACCCUGCGAAGCCCCAAGUCUGAAUCCAAGCACGAGAAGUCCUGGAAAAAACAGAGAAUCUCCAGCACAAGAGAGCGAAAGGCAGCAACGACACUGGGUUUGAUCUUGGGGGCUUUUGUGAUCUGCUGGCUCCCGUUUUUUGUAAAAGAAGUAGUUGUUAAUACCUGUGAAACAUGUCACAUCUCAGAAGACAUGUCUAAUUUCCUAGCAUGGCUGGGAUAUAUAAACUCCCUUAUUAACCCUUUAAUCUACACAAUCUUUAAUGAAGAUUUCAAGAAAGCCUUCCAGAAGCUUGUACGGUGUGGGCAAUACCUUUAA